CUUCCUUCUCUUUACAACAUCAUCAUCAAAUAUUAGUAUUUCCUGAUACUUGCUUUCAAUGUAAAAAACCUUAUACUUCCCCUUUGCCAAAUGAUAAAUGGUGUAAUGCGUGUGAAUCUCAUGUAUUUGAAUCAAAAUUUCAUAUUUGGACGAGUGGAAAUGUGGAACUUGAUGGAUUUAUUCGACAAUCUCAAUUGGAAGCAACUGAAUCUACAGAUUUCCUAAGAUGGGUGGAUUUUUCCGCUUUUACUGACAUGAAUCAAAUUGGUAAAGGUGGUUUUAGUGAGGUUUAUGUCGGAAAAUGUACAAAUGAUCGUUUGGAUGGGACCUUAAAACAAUGGGUGACAAAUAUGGAAUGUCAAAUUAUAUUGAAUUAUGUACAAUGUCGUAAUGAAGAUCUUAAAGAAGAUUUUGAAGACAUACCUUUAGAAAAAUGGGAAAAUAUUUUGUCAGACUUUGUCGAUAAAAUGAAACUUAUUUACCGAGAUAGAAAAGCAUUAAAGUGUAAACCACGUGAUCUUUCUGAUGAAAAUCAGGAACAUAAAGUUAAGAGAACUAAUAGUUUUACAAGACUUAAGAGUCUUUUAAAAAGAAGACCAAGUAAAAAGAAGAAUAAAAAUAAAUUAUUACUUAAUCCCAAACUAAACGAGCCUAAGAAAAAAAUCACUCAAAUACCUUCAACUGUUUCUCCGUUACGGAGUAAGUUUGUUCCAAAAACAGUUGUAUUAAAACGAUUAUUAGAUUCACAAAAUUUAAGUUCAAGUUUUAUCAACGAGAUAAAAACACAUUAUCUUUCGUUAAAGAAAUCCUCAAAAGUACCAAGAAUGUAUGGUUUUACGCAAGAUCCGGUAACAAAAGAUUAUUACAUAGUGUUACAGUAUGCAAAUGACUUAGACUUAAAUAGAUACCUGGCUCAUAAUUGUGCUAGCAUAGAUUGGUGGCAACGUAUAAGUAUAUUAGAUGGAAUUGUAAAAGGAAUUUAUGAAUUACAUAAAGAAGACUUAAUACAUCAUAAUUUACACACUGGUAAUAUAUUAGUUAGACGUACUAGAAGAAAAGAGGUCGAGAGAAUAAGUUUAAGAAAUCCUUCAUCAUCUGUGAGAAUAUGGAUUUCUGAUAGUGGUUUACAAGGUCCUGCUGGCUCAUCGAAUGAAAAUAAUGAUUUAAAUUCAUCAUCCUCUCCUAUCGAUGAGAAUAGUAAUAUCAUAUCUAAUUCACGAAAAGAAAUUUAUGGAGUAUUGCCUUAUAUCGCUCCUGAAGUUUUACAAGGUAAAGAAUACACAAAAAGUUCAGAUAUAUAUAGUUUAGGUAUUAUUAUGUGGGAAUUAUCAAAUGGUGCUACUUUAAAAAGACAACAACGUCAUAAGAGACCUUUUCAUGAUCAACCUUAUGAUAAAAAUUUGGCAAUGGAAAUUGUAAUAAACGAAAAAAGACCCAAUAUAGCUACAUCUCCUGAUAUACCAGAAUGUUGGUUAGAUUUGAUGAAAAAAUGUUGGGCAUCAAAACCGGAAGAUCGACCUAAUAUUGAAAACAUCAUGACAAUUACUAAUGCAUGGAAUGCAGAAAGGAGAAAGUCUUUGAAUUUGGAAUCGAAAAGUUCUUUGCCGUUUUCAUUAAUUCAUACUGAUCACAAAAUUGAUGAAAAUAUUGUUGGACAAUUUAUGGAAGCUGAGAAGAGAAGAAUCGAAAGAUUAAACAAAGGAAAGCAAGUGGAGAGAGAUGAUAAACCAAUUGUUGAUGAAGAAAUUUCAGUUGGUGCAACUGAAUCCGUUAAUCAAGAUGAUGAUGAUAAUCAUCAGGAAGUUUCGAUGAAAAGUCAAUUAAUUGACUUUAUAAUUGAAAUACCAAAUGAGAAUUUGAAUGAAAUUUAUGGAGAUUCAAAUUCUCAUCACGAAGGAAUUAAAAAAGAGAAAGUUGAUAGUGGAUAUCAAAGAGAAGAUCAAGAUGAUGAAAGUUUGGAGUUGCAAGAAAAUAUUAAUCAAAUAGAAGAUGAAAUUGAACCUGAAAAGACCAUAGAAGAAGAAAAGAAUUUAAAUAAAAAUAUUGAAGAUAAACAAAUUGAACCAAUUAUAGUACAAGACGACAGGAAAAAACAUGUUAAAAUCGAUGACAAUCAAUUAGUUAAACAAGAUAAUCAAGAUAGUCCAAUUAAAAAUGGCAUAGAAGCAAAUUCCGAAACUGGAUCAAAAGAAAUUAAUAUAAUUAAAGAGAAAGAACCAUAAAAAAAAUUUACAAUUAUGACAUCAAUUUUUAUGAAUCAAUUUCUUAUUCCAAUCAUUUAUUCAUUUUCAUUUAAUUCAUUAUAUCUAUUUUCGUGUAAAUGUGUGUAUAUUCGAUAUAAUGUUUUUCUUGGAGUUAUUUAUAUCAUCAAUAAAUACUGCGUAUUUAUGUAUUUAUGUUAAUUACGACAUUACGGGUUUUUUAUUUUAGUUUAUAGAAUUUUGUGUAUUUUUAUAAUUAAUUUUUUAUAGAGGGAAGUUGUAUUAUUAUAU